AUGGAUAGUAAAUAUCAAACGUUGGAGACCUUACUUAGACACAAAGCAUCAAUUAAAAAUGCUCAUGAACAAUUUCAUCCAGCAACUCGAAUAUUAGUGGAUAGCAGAAAUCUAGUUCCUAUUAAGACUGGCGAACGUAUACAUGUUACAAACCAAACAAUAUUAGAGACAAAAAAAGAAGAGAAUGACUUAGCUUUUCAAAGUUAUGUUAGAGCAUUAAAGAGAACUAAAGAAUUUAUUAAAGAUAUCAGUGAGUCUGGUUCUUUUAUGAAAUUAAUUAGAUCUCAUGAGGCAAUCUAUAUUUAUAGUUGGAAUACUAUAGCUCAAAUUUCUGAUUAUUGA